AUGAUUCACUUUUGUUUGGCCCACACGGCCUAUCGCUUGCACUGCUGGCUGCUGAGAACUCACCAGCUCAGGCUUUUAUUGACUUUUAGGCCCAGAUCUUCCCAAUAUUGCAGCCAAUCUCUCCUGUACAACCUGGUUAGUAAUACCAUCUUUACCUUCUUCACAAUUGGUUUUACUGUGCGGUUUGUUCAGAUGGAGCCAUUGCCACGGGCACUGAAGUGGAUGUUUUCUGCAUUUGGUGUGGGAUCCUUCAGUGAAGGAGUCUGCACUAUGGUGUUAACAGUUUUGGCAACAGACUGUGAAGAAACAACCCCUGAACUUUACUACUUGUCUGUGCUCCUGUCGGUGAGCAGCUUAACUUCUACAGUGCUUUUCUCAGGCCUGGGGCUGAUCUGGCGGGCCAGGGUGACCUGUCGAAGGCCAGAUGCUAACCCAACAGUCUGA